GCGCAAUGGCUGCAGAUCAUGUGGCGUGACGCAGUUUUUGGAGAUGUCUCGAGACCGGACUGGUCGGCCUCGCAGGGGCCCUUUUCGGUCGUGCUGUCGCGCGACUGCGAGAUCGGAGACUCGGCCUCAUCUAUGAGCGUGGUCGACGCCAAGAGCGCGUUCGACACCCUCUCGAAAAAUAGUGCAGGGUCACGAGCGGGCCGCCGCAAUGCCAUCGAGAUGGCCGUUAUUCGAGAUUCUCUGAGCUAUGUGGGCUCCCAGUUGAGGCGGCUGCCGCGUGGACUCAUGCCGGCGGAUCCAAUGACGAAG